ACCGCUUCGAAAAUACGGACGUGUAAACCUGUUUGUGCUGUCCAAUAUAUUGGUAUCAGAGUUGUGACCUCUUUAAUUAGCUAUUUUUAAAAUUGUUUUCCUGUAUAGGUUUGUAUAAUUGUUCUACUUUCUUUAUUGGGACUCUUACUUUGCCAUAGGAUCUUUUAUUUUGACACAAUUAUCAACAGGAACUUGUUCCUUUUUGUCUUACCGCGAGCUUCUGUCACUUUUAGCGCCGGAGUGGUGGCCCGGUGGCGAUGGAAUCACGUUGCACUUGCGGCUUUCUUUCAGCAGUGAAGCAGUGUGCCCGUCAGUCUCGGGACUUACAGAUUCUUUUCCGGGGCCUUAGUGGCACGACACAGCUUUCAUCUCGGUUUAAGGCCGUUUCAGGAGCGAUAGCGUCAGGUGAACCAGAACCUGAUAAUUUUGGGGGUAGCGGUGGUGAAAGGACAAGCGGUGGAUGGUCGGCCAGUCUCUUUAGGACAGCCUGUGCUAUUGGACUCGGAGUCUGUGGCGUGGCAGUGAUUCGUUCCCGGCAAGAGAAAGGAGGACUGGUCGGCGUGAAUGGAUCUUUUCUUGGUCUGCCUUCAGCCGCCUGCGCUACCCCAUUCAAGCAGGACAGCCCCAGAUACAAGUAUAAUUUUAUUGCUGACGUAGUGGAGAGGUCCGCACCUGCUGUCGUUUAUAUCGAGAUUGUGGGGAGGCAACCUUUUUCUGGCCGUGAAGUUCCGAUUUCAAAUGGUUCAGGAUUUAUCAUCGACAAAGAUGGCUUAAUAGUAACUAAUGCUCACGUGGUUGCUAAUAAACGAGGAGUGCGAGUAAAGCUGGCCAAUGGGGAGACUUAUAAUGCCAUGGUGUUGGAUGUUGACCAAGUUGCAGACAUUGCUACCAUCAAAAUUAAUGCAAAGCAUCCACUCCCUACACUUCCUCUUGGGGUUUCAUCAAGCUUGCGCCAAGGGGAGUUUGUUGUAGCAAUGGGAAGUCCAUUUGCAUUGCGUAAUACCAUCACUUCAGGAAUUAUCAGCUCUGUGCAAAGGGAAGGUCGAGAACUUGGCCUUUCCAACUCUAAUAUGGACUACAUUCAAACAGAUGCAGCCAUUGAUUUUGGAAACUCUGGAGGACCACUUAUAAAUUUGGAUGGUGAAGUUAUUGGUAUUAAUACAAUGAAAGUGACAGCAGGAAUCUCCUUUGCAAUUCCUUCAGACUACCUCAGGCAGUUCCUCAACAGAGCGGAAGAGAAAAAGAAGUCAUGGUUUGGUGGUCAAGAGCCAAAGAGACGCUAUAUUGGUGUAAUGAUGCUGACAUUGACUCCGAGCAUUAUUGAGCAGCUGAAGGUUCGGGACCCCAGUUUCUCUGAUGUUAUGCAUGGUGUAUUAAUUCACAGGGUCAUCAUUGGAUCUCCUGCUCACAGAGCAGGGAUGAAACCUGGUGACAUUGUUCAGGAGAUAAAUGGAAAACUUGUGAAGACUGCUGAAGAACUCUACAGUGCCGUCCGCACAUCUGACAGCCUUAAUAUGGUGGUGAAGCGUGGCCAUGACGUACUUAUGCUUCACAUGACACCAGAGUUCACAGAAUAGAUGGGGCAGUGGAUCAUUUUGAGAGUAGCAUAUUUUCGGAAAGAACACUCCUCUUAGGAAAGACCUUAAAAGGAAAAAAAAAAAAACAACAAAACCUUUUCUUUAUUUUUAAAAUGUUCUAUAUGGGCUACACCAUCACAACUGGGUUUAUAAAACAAAAAUGUUAACUGAAUCCACUGGCUUAAUACAUUUUUGUAUAAUUAAAAGCAAACCUAGCGUGUAGAUAUUUUUGUCUCCACUAGAGGACUCUGCUUUCCAUAAACUGUAAAAGCAAAUCCGUACAGUACAUCGUGCUAUUUAAAGGUGGACAUUUCUGUCCAUAGAGAGCCCUCUUGAGUUUUCAUUUUACCUGUGAGGUUUGUGAACUCUAUUAUACAAACCUGAGAUACAUUAUAUAAAAAAAAAAAAACAGUAAAUUGUGAUACAUAUGUCAUAAGCAUGCUCUGUUGCACUAUCACUUGGUUAAUCAAAGGUAUUAAAUAACAAAAUACAGUGUACUGUAUUCAGGAUUGGCUUCAUCCCCUUGGAACCCUAUAAUCUGAUGAAGCCAUUUUGAAAAAUAGAUGAACCCAAAGAAAAUGAAAAGAAUCUUUUUUAAAAAAAAAAAUCACUGAGUGAUCAUAAAUCUUCCUUUGAAUUAUUUUUAAUCUCAAGAAGCUUUUCCUUUUUUGUUAGCUAUGCAGCAUUUUUAUAGUAUUGUAAUUAUUACAGUAUAUGGUCGUGAUUUUCUUAAAAUGUAUUGAUUUAUAUUUAGCUUAUCUUGUCUGAAAUCCUAUGGACACUGACAUUGUUUACACUUUUAAACAUUGAGGACAUACUUUUGUGAGAAACAUCAAACUGUAAGUCAUGUAUAUACUUGUUGUAGUUUUUAUUGUUGAUAUUCAGUUAUUUGAGCCUCACCACUUUUUAUUAAACUGCUUCUUGGAAAAGGUU